AUGCCUACAGCCGUGACGACGACAGCGACGAGCACGCCCCAGACGCUCUCUUUGAAGGCGAGCUCGUCGUCGACCUCGGCCGACUCGACACUAGCCACCCUCCGCUCGCUCUACCCCCGCGCAGCGCGGGCGUUUCUCCAGCGUAAUGUCGCUUUGACCCACUCCCUGCUCUUGUCUGCCUUUGCCAUCAUCUACCCGCCUGUCUCGCCAGCGCCAGACGCGAUCUCCACGCAACGCCGGAAAUGGGAUAUUCUACGUGUAACGUUUGAGACGACGCUGUAUGCGUCUCCGCCACCCACGCACGACUUGGACUCAUUCCCGCAGUCGCUCAGGGCGAACCUUAUGCUCUCGCCAGAGUCUUUCCUCGCCACGGUGCACACACGCUCUCUUCAGCUUUUCACCCCCUCCACGCCGUUCCAAAAGCCGUCGUCGGCGUUCCUCCCUGCACAGAUACUCGUGACCCUCGCCCUUGCGAGUCUCAAACUCGAGUGCACCCAUGUUGGGCGAGGUAUGAUAGAAGAUUGGCUCGCUAGACACAUUCCGGCACAGGACUCCGAUAAGUCCGAAGGUUAUGCGAAGGUCUUGGAGCUCUAUUGUCUGCACGUACUCCCGCGCCUGGAGGAGUGGGAUUACGCAGAAGAUUUCUUGCAGUACGAGCGUCAGCUUCCUGCGGAAACGCGCAAGUACAUGCUCACGUCGCUUCAAAACCUGCGGGCGCAAACGCUCACCAUGCGCGCCUCUACCCCUCUCCCUUCAGCAUCCCCAAAGCUCUCCUACCCAUCGCGCUCCCCCUCACCAGCCCUAUCAAAUGCGUCUUCCACCUCUUCCUCCAGCACAUCCACCCACACCGCCACACCGCGCACACCCCGCCCCGGGCGGCUCGCAGGGCUCACCCCUACAAGCACCCUGACGAACUCGACUUCCACCCAGUCCAUAUCCUCUACAACAACAUCACGCACCAUCACUCCCACCUCCGCGCGCCGGCCCCGCUCGCGGAGCCGCACAGAGACGAAGAGACAGGAUCCCAUAGAGCACGUCUGGGGCGCGGCAUCGCCGCCCGCGCGCUCUGUGCUCCAACCCGAGAGGUCAACACCGCCCGGCAUGCCUGCACACCCGGUUGCCCGCCGUCCGCACUCUCGCGCGCACUUGGACGCUACCGCAGAGCGAGAGCUCGCGCAGCGCGCAACGGGCCAGCAGAGCAUCGUAGCCCUCGCCCGGGCGUGGCUCGCAGCGCUUCUCGCGCCACCGCGCACGAAGCUCACUGCGUUCGUCGUAUUCUGCAUCGCGCUUCCCGUGUUGUCGUUCUUCUUCCGCCGCCGGCGCGCGAAGACGCCAGUUGUGGGUCAUGUGGCCGCCGCGGAGGGGGUGCGCCGGCGACUUAGGGCGGCGGAGGGCAAGGGUGUGCUCGGCACGCUGUGGGAGGAGCUCGUACGGGCGGUCGGGGAUACGGUGCGGAUGGGCGGACGGGGACUUGUAUGA